UGAGUUGGGUAAGGCGCCUUUUCUUGAGCCCCCCCGGCAAGCGGCAGUACGGAGCGGCGGGUGCGGCGGGCGAAUGGCCUGAUCGGACUUGGGCGAUGGCGGCGAAGUGCUCCUCGAAGGUGGCCGAGGCCGGCAGCCUGCCCCUGGAGUGCUCGGAGGUCGAGGCCGCGCCGCUCGAGGCGGACGCCCGGGCGCCCGCGGGCGAGUCGCGAGACAUGGACUCCACCAUCCUCCUGGAGGAGACCAUCGUCAACCCAGGCACCACGCGUCGAAAUGUCUGCCGACGACGACGACGAUGUCCUGCUCGUCCUCGUCACCGUUGUCCUUUUCCGCCUUUGGAGUGUCCGGUCAUGGACACCGAGUCGCACCGCAGUCAUGCAGCUCCCCCGCCGAAGGCUUUCGGAAACUGGGGAAGACAGCGGGAAGCAGCAAAAGGUCGUCGAAUACGCCGAUGCCCGCCCAGGUCUAGGCCCC